UUUCUGAACUGCAGUGAGAUGCUUUGAAAUUUGUCUUGUUGCAGCUCUGAGCCUGUAAGAUGGCUGUCUGAAUCGAGCGGCUGGAAGAGACAGAGAGAGGCGAGAGGCGGGGAGGGAGGAGAAAGGAUAGGAGGGAUUGCCGGCAUAGUGCUUUUUUUUAUUUUUUAUUUUUUUAAUGUGCAUCGAAUCCGAUGAAGCCGACAUUGGAAUUUCUCUGGGAUCCAAGGACUGAUUUAACUGCAUUUUUUUCUGAGAUUGGGAGAGGAAAGAAAUGGGAAAUUCACUGGGCUGUGUUAAGGAGCCGAAAGAGUCCAUAGCUGUUCCUGAGAAGGCUCCCAUAUCUCCCAAGAAGAGGGUUCGGUUCAAAAGGAAGUGGAGAGGGAAGAAAACCCCUAUUCUAGAAGCACCUCACAAAGAGAAGCCUUUGGAAGUCACUGGAGUCAUUGAAGAGACUAAAACCCUAACCAAGUUCACAGCGAGUCUCCCAAAGGAGCACGGAGUGGGAGGGGCAGAGCACCCCCCAUCAGACAUUUUGUUGCUUGGAGACUCAGCUCCCAACUCAGGGGUGGGCGAUCAAGGGAUGAUUGUGCAGGUAAAGGAGAGAUUCCAGGCAGAGAUCCAAACUGCUCACCUUCUGUUGGAGGCUGAGUCAUCGGUUGUUGGAGGGGUCUGGAGUUCCCUGGAAAAGGGUAUGACAGUCAUUGCUCACCUGCUUGAUAACCCGGCGGAAAGGAACUGUGAGAAGUCUGUGAGCCAACUGGUGGAAUUUCCGAGGACAGCAUCCUGCAGCAGCAGGGCUGUGCUGCUGCCUUUGCAAGGAGAGACUGCAGUGGAACAGGGAAGCACGCUGCUUGGAUUUCAGAGCGGCACUUUGCCUGGGACAGACUACCCCUCUGACACAGGAGAUCAAGACCAACUUUCAGAGGGAUGGAGUGUAGGGGGAAGAACCAAGAAUGUUCUGAGUGCCCCUCCCACAGGUUCUUGGAUUGCUAAGUAUUCUAUUGCUUCAUCAAUACAGUCAGUGGACCCUAUUCACAUAGAAGAUACCCACGUGGGUGAAGUGUCCCUCCGGGGUCCUAUAUUGCCUGCUUCUCAGAGUGAUUUAUCUGUCGGUGGCAUCACCGUGAGCAUUUUGCCUUCUUCCUCUGGCUAUGGCAGUGAUGGGCUGCCCCUCCAUGGGAUCCGGCCUGAAGAUACAGAACCUGAAAAGACCUCCACACCCUUCUCAGAAGAGGAUGGUACCUUGUCUUUGGAGGCAAGCCAUACUGAUCGUGGGGUCUGGAGGAGGUGGGUGGUAUAUUUGGGGGUCUUUUGAAUUCCUGCCUCUCAGGCAUAUUAAAGUAGAGUGGGGUAAACAGUCAGGGUCUUGGUGCAUUUUAAACUUCGCACUGCAUGGGGGAUUGCUAGGGUUUGGCAAGCAGAAUCUAUUUGAGGUCUGUCCCUUGAUGCUUAA